ACAAUUCUUAGUCUUAUUGUUACCAAGCUAGUGGAAAUUGAUGUUCACAUACCAAAAGAUGAACUGAAUAGAUUGGAAUCAAAUACUAAUGUUGAAAUCGAAAAUAUAUUUCCAAUAGAUGUAGAUGGAGAACGUAUACAAGUAGAUCCUGAGAAAAUGGAAGUAGAAGUUUUUUCGCGGACUUUGGAUAUUUGCCUUAGAAGAAUAUUUAUGUAUAUGAAAACUACUUGUCAUGAUUCUGAUGGCAAUUUGAUUUGGGAAAAUACUAAAUCAUUAUAUCAUGACUUGAUAUCAGUAUUUGAAAGUGAAAUUCUUCCAACUUAUAACAGUAGUCAUGUUCAGUACAUAAUUUAUUACUUUCUUAGUUUUAAAAUUACUUUAUGCGAAAACUUCUGCAAUUGGUUAUGGAAAAAAUGUUGUGAUGUAUCAUUUCCAUCUACUCUGCGACAAGCAGCAGCCGGUUAUUUAGCUAGUUUCGUUUGCAGAGCACCAUUUGUUUCAAAUAGAGUUUUGAAAAAUAUCCUUUCAAACAUUUCUUCAUGGUGUAUUAAUUAUAUAAAUAGAGUAGAUAAAACAGUUAGAGUAGUAACUGAAAAUUUACUAAGAUGUCAUGCAGUGUUCUAUUCAAUAUGUCAAUCAUUAUUUUAUAUUAUAUCAUUCAGACAUCAAGAUCUUAUGGAAGGCAAACGAAAUCUAAAGUUUAUGGAAAAUCUAAAUUUGUCUAAAAUAGUCAUUUGCCGUUUAAGUCCAUUACGAUUAUGUUGUUCCGCUGUAGUCAACCGUUUUGCAUAUAUCACUAAAACUUAUCAAUUAACAUAUUGCUAUGUAGUAAUGGAUGGUCAUAUCAGAGUUACAGAUCAGUCAGUUAAAGAUAAGUUGUAUUCUUUCUUUCCAUUUGAUACUUAUGUCCUUCCAAGGUCGAAAGAUAUUAUAAUGUCUGAUUUGUAUAGACGGUUUAAUGAUGACACAAAGAAACAUACUAACAUUGAUGACGAAGAUGAAGAUAAAGAAUUAUCGUUUGAUGAUAAUAUGGAUAUCAGUCAAAAUAUGUCAUCUACAAGUUCACCUACCAAAACUGACUGGCUUGAGCUGUUAGUGAAUCAACAUCAAUAGCCCGCUUUAGACGCUAUUUCGGGCGCGUUUGGAAUGGAUGCGCAAAGAACGCGCGAUAAGACUGUACGUUUAAAAUUAAAAUCGUGUCCAGACUUAGCACUUGUCUAAACCUGUGUAGUUUUGUCGUCCGUACCAUGAACGUUGUUGCCUUUAGACACGCCUGCUGGAUCAUGACGCCCUGGCGCGUCAUUCGCGCCAUCGAUGACCGGAAAUAUUUUUAUUUCAGCUUCAGUAGUGACACGUUAUGUUUACGAGAUUUCACGUACAUUAAAUUAUUAUUUUAAUUCUGUGUUUUUUAU